GCUGCCCGCCUCGCCCGUCCAUCUUUCUCGAAGGCAAGAAGGCUCCCCCAUGCCUCCCCUCCGUUCCGUCUCCCCCCUAAAUGCGGCCAUUUUAUUUGAGGGCAAGUGGGCGAGGAGACGGGGAAGGCAGGCGGGCGCCAUGUUUGAUGUGAUCAGGGGACGGCGCCCUCCGGAGCGGCCGCGACAGCUGAAGCCGGGAUGUGGCCCUGUUUCCGAAGGCCCCUUCCGGGCCCCUCGGCCCGGGAGUCUAUGGCCACUCUGCCCGGAAGUGAAUAAACACCGAGGGGUUGGAUGCCCCGGCCCCAAACCAGACCUCAUCUCUUGGAUGGAGCAGGGGAGCGAGGCGUGGAGCCCGGCCGCCCAGGAUCCUGAGCUGGGGGAACGCGUGGGAGGAGCUCUGCGAGGAGGUACCCCAAACAAGAAGGAAGAGGAACCCAAAGCAGUGCCAGGAGCCAGGAACCCCAGAAAGACUCCCGGGAAGGAUCGGCCCGGGGAGCAGGUUCAACACCACCCGGACUGGGCCCUCAGCAAGCCGCCCCCGCCCGCGCCCACG